AGACUUUAAGUCGUCAGUGUAGUUCGACAGACUGACUGAGUGACUGUACAUGACGGAGGAGUGACGUCAGGCGUUUAUCGCUGUUCUUUCGUCAACAAACGAAGCCUUCGUUUAUUUUGAAAUAAACCGGAAUUAGACUCGUUUUGAGUCAUUCACUUGAUGCGGAUGUGGAUUACCUUAAACACUACAUUAUUCCCCGUGUUUUCAACCGUCAACCGUUUCCUGAAAGUUUAUGUUUUAUAAAUGAGUGUUAUUUAAUCCUCCUGUUUGCACCGUCUACACCUCGGGUUAGCCGUUAGCCGUUAGCUCAUUGGACCAGUGAGGCUACGAAGAAGCUAGAAGCUAAAAACAGCUGCAGUCGAAUAUGGAGGACAUGUACGUCAAACCAGGAAACCAGGAGAGGGGCUGGAACGACCCUCCCCAGUUCUCCUAUGGUCUGCAGAUGUCAAGGACACCUCAGAGGACACUUCUGAACAAAAGAGCAGCGCCACCUGUCUCAGGAGCUCCACCCCCUGUGUCUGUGCCAUCCAACCCUCUGGCCCCGCCCCCGUGCGCUGUAGCCACACCCCCUGUUCAUCCAGUUCAACAGCCUCCUGGCUUCAUGGCCACACCCCCUCCACCUGCAGGGCCAAUCAGAAGCCAGAAGGAGGCAGACAGAAGCCAAUCAGAGAGGACGCCUGAGAUGGAGGCUGUGAUGUCUGUGAUGAAGAGCGCCUUGAUGUCCUGCAGACAGACAGUGAAGGGUCAGAUUUGUAACGAUGUUGAGAAGAGGCUCCGCCUCCUGGAGGACAGCUGGACGUCAGGUCGUCUCAGUCUUCCUGUCCAGAGACGCAUGGACACAUUAGCUGAAGAGCUGAAGUCUGGACGCUGGGACGCUGCUGACGAGAUCCAUCGAUCUCUGAUGGUGGAUCAUGUGACUGAGGUCAGUCAGUGGAUGGUCGGUGUUAAACGACUCAUCGCAGAGACACGGAAUCUGAGUCCACAACACUUAGAACUGUUCCUUAGCCCUGAAGUACCAGAGCAGGAACCUCCAGAUGAAGCCGAUGAAGAACCCUGUGGGCCCAGUCUUGACUCGUCAGCAGGUUGACUUCCUGUAUAGGGUUCAUGGUCCGACUCUGCACCGCUGGGUCACUCUGUAUCUGAAAUGUCUGGACCGUUGACUGAGGACAGACUGGACCCUGUACUGGACACUGACCUAGGUUCCUGUAAACUCUGACUUUACUACUGUCCUGGUAAUAAAUAAUAAACGAACUCAUAUCUGGG